UGGACACUUCUUCAGGAUCAAGUCCAAAAUAAACUAUCACCCAAUCCAGGGUGUGGGAUUCUGGCACAGUAGGAAGAACAGAGAUUUGUUUUUUGGUCUCCCCCUCCUGUGACUACAAUAUGAUCAUAUGUAACAUUAGCACCAUCAAAGACUGGGGUUCAUUUUUGUCUCAGAUCUUACCCAGAGUCAACAAGACCCUCCGUUUGGUCCACCAAGGUAUUAAUACUGUGGAAUCCACAACCAGCUCAGUGGUCAGUGUGUUACAAGAACCUGAGCAGACAUCAUAUCUCCCUCACACAGAACCCAUGAAUGCCACCAACUUCACCACUGGACUGGAUCACCUAUUUCAGUACUCUUACUCCGAAUCAGAGGAGGACCACCUUUAUAAGGACUACAAACCACCGCCAAAGGAACCGGUUCCUUUACCCAAAGCUGUGCUCUACCUGUUGAUGGCUGGCUUGGUAAUGGUAGCAGUGGCUUAUGCAAUUGUUGGCCACCUUAUAAAAGAUCUUAUCCAUGACUUUAUAGAUUGGAUCUUUGGUUCUAAUCAAGAUGCCAACAGUAACAAAAGCGACAUCAACUGUAUCAGUCACCUUGUGAAUGACGCAACCACAGACCCAGAUCUCUCACUGCCAUCCUUACAUCGAGAACAGCUGCCCAGCCACAUCGGGGAUGUCCGUAUUUCUAUGGAGGAGAUAUCAUACUUGCCUCCACAAACAUGAAGCAGAUCCCCAUUGAGUGGAUGACGGAAAGCCACUUGGUGGACAUUUCUAAAUAUUUUGGGACGUGAAUCUUUAUUGGACAUAUUAAUGAGCACACAGAGGUGUUUGAGGAGUGAGGACACCAAAAAACAUAUUUUAUUUCAAAAAAGCUCAUGCUUCAUAUACAUUUAUAUAAUAAUAAUGUUCUUAGGUUUCCCGAGUAGUUAUUAUAAAAACCCUGACAUACUUUUCUAACUGUACCAAGUUUUGAGAUUUCUUGUUUGCCGUCCAAGUCAUAAAAAGAAAAGUGCUUCCGUCUUUAAAUACCAGUCAGAAUAAUUUUGCACUACUCUAAUACCUUUGCUUGCAUGCAUUUCUUGGUACAGAAUGAG